AUGACCCGCACAGGACCAUCAGCAGCAGCAGCGUUUUCUGGUCCGCUGUCGUUCCUGGAAACCCUCUGGGUUUCAUUUUCAUGGCUGAGCAGCCGCUGUCGCGCUGCAGGAAGGCGGAAGCCGAGCAGCCCCAGGCUGGGGCCCUACGGUGGAGCCUGCACCCGUCCCCAAAAGCAGCUCUUUCCAGAGGGCUGGGAGCCAAGAUGGCCCAUGGAUCGGGUUGAGGAGCUGCUCUCACACCCAGGGGGGUCCCUCGCUGCUGGCAGCAGGCAGGGCUGCCCUGGGCAGGGCAGAGGAUGCCGGGAGGUGGCUAGCCCAGGACACCUCCAUUGCAGGCAGGAGGGACGUGUGUGUGCAGUCCCCAUGGAGAUCCGAUGCGCUUUGCCCCAGGAUUUCUGGGAGCUGCUGCACUGCCUGAAGAUGAGGAGCAAGUACGCUGUUCUGCUGGUCUUCGUCGUCGGCCUCGUCAUCAUCGAAAAGGAGAACAACUUCAUCUCCAGGGUGUCGGACAAGCUGAAGCAGUUGCCACAGGUGCUGGUGGAGGCCAAUGGCACAGAGGCCAGCCCGGCACCGGCUGAGAACGGCUCGCUGGCCUCGCUGCGAGAGCUGGAUGCUGCCUUCUCCCAGCUGAGGUCCCACCUGCACAACGUCACCCUACAGCUGGUGGGUGAAGGGGACCCCAGGCCACGGCGACACGUCCUGCUGAUGGCCACCACCCGCACCGGCUCCUCCUUCGUGGGGGAGUUCUUCAACCAGCAAGGCAGCAUCUUCUACCUCUUCGAGCCCCUCUGGCACAUUGAGAGGACAGUGACCUUUGAGCCGGGGGGAGCCAACGCAGUGGGCUCGGCCCUGGUCUACCGGGACGUUCUCAAGCAGCUCCUCCUCUGCGACCUCUACAUCUUGGAGAGCUUCAUCUUGCCAGCCCCCGAGGGCCACCUCACGCCCUUCAUGUUUCGGCGAGGCUCGAGCCGCUCACUCUGCGAGGACCCCGUCUGCACACCCAGCGCCAAGAAGGUCUUCGAGAAGUACCACUGCAAGAACCGCCGCUGCGGCCCCCUCAACAUCACCCUGGCUGCCGAGGCAUGCCAGCGCAAGCAGCAUGUGGCCCUGAAGACAGUGCGCAUCCGGCAGCUGGAAUUCCUGCAGCCGCUGGUGGAGGACCCCCGUCUGGAUGUGCGCAUCAUCCAGCUGGUGCGGGACCCCCGGGCCGUCCUGGCUUCCCGCAUGGUGGCCUUCUCUGGCAAGUACGAGACCUGGAAGAAGUGGGCAUCCGAAGGGGAGGCUCCCCUCCAUGAGGAGGAGGUGCAGCGGCUGCGGGGAAACUGCGAGAGCAUCCGUCUGUCGGCUGAGCUGGGGCUGCGGCGGCCGGGCUGGCUGCGGGGUCGUUACAUGCUGGUACGCUACGAGGACGUGGCACGGGCACCCUUGCAGAAGGCGGAGGAGAUGUACCGCUUUGCCGGGCUCCCCCUCACCCCGCAGGUGGAGGAGUGGAUCAGCAAAAACACACAGGCGCCCCGUGAUGGCAACGGUGUCUAUUCCACCCGCAAAAACUCCUCUGAGCAGUUCGAGAAGUGGCGGUUCAGCAUCCCCUUCAAGCUGGCGCAGGUGGUGCAGGACGCCUGCGCCCCAGCCAUGCACCUUUUUGGCUACAAGCUGGCUAGCAGCCCUGCCGCUCUGGCUAACCGUUCCUUCAGCCUGCUGGAGGAUGCACAGCCCUCCUGGGUCACGUAAUGGCGGGGGGGGGGGGAUGGCAGCGUGGGGGAAUGAGGGGCUGCGGCCACGCUCCCGGACGGCCCGGAGGAGACCCGGGGGUCCCCACUCCCAGAGACGCUCCUUGCUGCUGCCGCCGCUGGGUGGAAAGUGGCAGCACCGGGAGCCAGAGCAUCCCAGUGGAGCCGACCUUGCGGUCCCGCAGAGCCUGAAUUACACAAUUUCUUUGGGAAUGGGGAAAUCACGAGGGUGAGGGGCAGCCGGGUGUUCGGUGCUGGGGCCACCUCCCUGUCUCAGGGGCUGCACCAAGGAAGAGGAGGUGGUGGGGCCGAGCGCCUCCACGUUGUCCCCACAGCUAGGACAAAGCAAUGACGAGACCCCUGCAGUGCCAGGAAGGACCCGGACCCUAGAGGCCUUACUAGUUUAGUGCCUUCGUACACCAGCACAGGCUGGAAACCGCCCUGAAGGUGAAGCCGGGGCAGGAGUCGCCCAUGGAGCACCGGCCAGCACUUGGGCUGCAAUGAAAUGAGGUGACUUUGUGGACUGGUGCUCUUCAAAGUUGUUUUUGGGGGAUUUGGUUUGGGUUUGUUUUUUUUUUCCUUUUUUCCUGUGUAUUUGCAUACCAGGGUCACCAGGCCCAUUUAUUUAUUUGUUACGUGAAAAAGAGGGGCAAGCAGGUCAAGGAGCUAAGCCUAAAAAAAUCAAAGCCGCACACUGUACCGCAAAGGAACAGAGACACACACAGUGCUGAGGUAAGAUUUCAGCCGGGGACCACCAUGCGCCCUGCUGGGAGACCCCCGGGGACCAACGGGCUAUAACCCCCCCCAGACCCCCAGCGGAGCUGGUGCCAAGGCUGCACCCACCCUGCACAGGAGUGACUGCGGACCACGGCGCCUGCUGGAAGACAGUCGGACUUAUUUAAUUAAAAACAAAAAUACAACAGCAGAGAGUCCAAAUCACCUCCCAUCUCCUUGGUAUUCAUGUGCCUGGGGAGGGGGGAGCCCCAGAAGUGUUUGCUGGUGGGUGACCCGUACCUGGGGUUUGGUUGAGGCAAGGGGAGUUUUGGGGUGUUUGGCCCGUGCAGAUGCUCACCCAGAAGCCCCACCUCGCCUCUCCCCAGCUGUUGGCUGAAAGCAAAAAUGAAUAAGUAAAAAUCCGGCAGCGGGAGCAGCUGGCCGCAGCUGGGCUGUGUUUCUGCCAGCGGAGGGCAGCCGGGAGGAACACACCAGGGCUCCAGUGACGAGCCACCGCUGGGCCAAGCUCACAAAAGCCGUGUUUUUUGACCCAAGAGGGAGAACAGAGGCGGUAUUGAGGAGCAGGGGGCCGGCUGGCAGGGAGCAGCCACGACGGAGCCCCAGGCGCCUGUCCGUGACGGCUUUUUUUCCCCGUGCGCGGCUGCCUCUUGCCGGGGAGCAUCUGGGCUGAAGGUGCGGAGCCAAGGUGCUUGACCCCGGGAGAGGGUGCAAAAGUGGGUUUUUCUUUGCAUUGAGCAAGGUGGGCGACGCGCUCGUGGCACGCAGGCGAUGGAGAGCCAUCAGAUUCCUCCCUUCCCUGUCUCACACGCAGCUCCCAGCAUCGCAAGCAGCCCCGGGUUUCACCGAGUGAAUGGGGUUUUGUUUGGAGGCUUCCUGCCGGGAAAGCGGCGGGGUCACUGAGGUCAGCUGGAUACCCCACAGCUGCAUGCUGGGAAAAAUCCCAUGGAGCUCAGGCAGCACACGGGGGCAGGGGGUGGGGGCGGGAAACAUGGCCGAACCCACGGCAAACACCUCGCCUGCGCUUCUACAAAAGUACUUGCUAGUUUGGCUUUUGCAAAGCGAAUAAAGUUUUUUGUUGCUUUGCAAAGCAGCACGAGGGGUUAAGAGCUGCUCGGCUGCCAGAGCCAGGAAAGGGACCUCAGAGGUGUGCCCACCAUCCCUGUCCCACCCCACUGCACGUGGAAGAGCCGCAGGGCUGGGGCAAAAAGUGAGGUGUAGGGGCAGGAAGUACCGAGAAAUAAAGGGAAAUACAACGCUGAGGCCAGAGGGGAUGGCGACAACCCCCCAUUCUCACCUGCGCUGCCAGCACGGCCUCAGCCCCGGCUGGCUCCAGCCUGCCAUUUCUAGCUCAGUCGAGAGCAUUUCUUCCUGGCCAACCUCCAGCUUCCCAUCAAAAAUGUCACAGGACAGAAAGAAAACGUGCCCCCACCCCGUGCAGAUUUCCGCCGGGGCUAAUUGCUCCCAUUAAAGCCACGCAGCCCUGACUCCCGCACAGUGCCAGGCGCAUUGGGAAGCCAUGAGGAACACGUGGCUCCUUUUGAGAUGAAAGAAGCUGAAUUGUCUCUGUGCCGACUGGGGUGUGUGGGGGGGUGUCGUCCCCCCUGCCCAGGAGAGGCACCUCCUGCUCACCCUGCCCUGGCCGCUGCCAGGCCUUGCUCCGGUCUAUCCUUAUAGGAGGAAAGGCAUCGAUUCGGGAGAAAAAACAUGCUUUGGGAAAGCCAUGGCAAGAGGCAAUGCCUUAGAGCAAGGCCAUACCUGCGUUCAGACAACGGAUUCAGCUUCUCCCUUCCUCCGUCCACACCAAUGCCAAAAAAAACCCCCCAUCCUCUUUUCAAGGGAUUCAAGCUUUCAGAAAUAAAGUAGGUCCCAAAAGGAUCAGGCUUGCUUUAAAACAAGAAAACAAAUGAAAGAAUGCCCCCUACCCCUUGCUUCCCUAGCCCAAGCCCAUCCCUUCCUCAUGCAGGUGAGUGUCCGCAGCUGGGCUGCCUCUGGGCUCGCCUGCUCAGCCCACCACAGCUUUAUUUUGGGGGAAAAUCAGGUGCAUUGUGAUGUUUAUUGUCACCAGAGAGACGUUUCCUGCAAGUAGCCCAGGGAGGUGAGGGGACACAUGUCCCACGGGACAGGGCGACCAGCCAAAGCCUGCUUCUCCUCAGGGUUACUGUAGGUGAAAGGAGAUGAUGUAGCACCAGUAAGAGCUUUAAUAAAUUAUGUAUGCCCUGUUCCCCUUUAAAUGGGAUCUCUCUGGUUAAUACUUUCCUCUGCCAGUCUAAUCCAGACUUGACUUUGGAUGGCAGGUAUACCCUGCUGUUUCUCCGCCUCCCUCUUGGGGACACUUGGGGCUUGCUGGGGCCACGCUGAUGUGGCUGGCCUUGCCACAGAGGGGCAAUUUUGCUGGAGUCAAAAGAUGCCAGUCCCCACCAAUUACAAAAGCGGUGGAGGCAGGCAGGUCUCUGCGACGCCAUCUUGGACACCGUGGUGUUUAAUGCAUGGCCGAGGUGGCAAACUGCUACCAGCAUCUGGCACAGUGGAUGUCUGCCAGCCCACAAGCCAAACCACCAGACUGGCCCACAGAAAUGCAUAAAAAAGGCCUUUUUCCAGCUUGGCACAAGGUUCGUCCCAAACUUCCGAAGUCAAGGCUGCUCCACCAGCUGUCCUGACUCCCCAUCCCCUUCUCCUCACUUGCUCCAGCUCCGUUUAAUGGGAUCGGAGUAGCUAAUCCCCCAUGUGCCCGCGCAGGGCUAUCAGAUGGGAUUUCUGCACUAGGGCUGGCGGGAAGCCAUGGCCCAAGCAACCACAUCCCCUCACCCAGCCUCGCUGGCUUCGACUGGAAGCCGAAUCUUCCCUUGCCCCAUGGUGGGGCUCAGUGUCAUUCCCACAGGGAGCUGGUGCAUAAGCUACAGCUCCAUCGCCCAAACCCCAGGUCGGUGGGGGGACGCACGGGCCAGCGAGGGACCAGGGGCUGCAGCACACGUGGACAUUUUGGCAUUAAAUGACAGCCUUGUUUUCCGUUUUGUUUUUUUAAGAGACUGUAUGCCUGACCAGACUGCAUUUCUUGGUCUGCAUCCCAUAUUUAUCCUGUAAUUACACCUUUGGACAAAGGCUGCCUGUCUGUGAGACUGAUUUUUUUAAGGACACAGUUUUAUUACACACUGGGCUUUCACUGCAGUGAAAUCUUGGGGGAGAAGGGGGAAGAAAACUCCCUACAAUUUGGGGGUGAAAGCUGUUCCUUCUUAAAACCUGCCCCAGGAGUGAAGGAGCUUGCCCAAGCAUUCUCCCUUUCUCAAGGAAAACCCCACUGCUGACGUCCUUCUGGAGGUGCUUCUCUACCACCUCAUGAAGAUUAAUGCCACAAAACCCUUCUCCGUGUUGUCCCGUAAGAGAAAGGUGCCACCUCAUCACUGAGCUGAGAGCCUUGCCAGAGGGGUCUUUGCAAUUCCUACAACCAGCCGGCUAAGCUGGAUAAAGGCUGAUUAAGCUUCUCGUCGCACCUGCCUGUAUCACAGCACAACAAGGGAUGAAUUCCCACAAAACGGUGUUUCCAAAAGCCCGUUUCCAGGGGUAGGGAAGAUUUGUAGCGCACGGAAACCAAAGCUGGAGGUGUCUGAGCAGGGGUUUCCUCCAAGGGGAAGGAGAGCCCUGGCUUUGCCCGUGCUCACCCCAUGCUGGGGUGUCCUGCUGCGUCGUGCUGGCGAAGAGGAGCUGGGGCGCACCUCGGCACGGAGCCAGCUUCAAUCCCAGGAACAAGGAGAACAGUCCUGUGCAGCCCCGGGACAGAGCGGACCCCCACAACCAGCUCCCCGUGGCUCUUCUUUCGGAUACAAAGACCAGCUGGAUCACAGAGACCUUUCCAUUUGGCCUUUGGGGUUUUCCCGAAUCCCUUCUCCGUGCGGGAUCUGCAACUAGUUUAUGGGCUGGCAUGUGCACAGGCGCUGCCUAUACAUAUGUGUGACUGGCCGGUCCAGCCUGACCAAAAUAAGGUGACUUUGGUGCUGUGGUUUAUAGGAAGUGGCCAGCAGCUGAUCUCCUCUAGCUGAUGUCACCGAAAAACUGGAAAUUAAAAACAAGGUUUGUUGGGGAGAGAAUAAAUAAAACUGGUCCUUGUUGAUUUUUGCUAAAUGUAAAUGUUAUUUAUAAAGUAUAAAAUAGCUGGUGUUGAUAUUUAAAAGCAGACAGGAACUGGUCUGAAUUGGUUUUUCCAGGCAAUUCUUUGCCCUGGACUAAUGCGAUUUCACCCUUUCUGCGGCAGAGAUUCCUGAGACGCGUGGGAGUGACAAGAUCAAAAAACGGGGAGCAAAAUGGGGAGCCCCAGGGCAGGUGCCAAGGAGAGUCCCAGGGUCUCCUUGGGAGCAAUUACCCCUCAGUGAGUUUGAUGACAUUUGUUCUUAAGUCCUGAAUCAGCUGGUUAUUUUCUGUGUUUGAGGGGGAUGUUUUUCCCUCCCGCACUGCAGCUGGGAGAUGUCUCCUUUGGUUUUACAGCAAAGACAUUGUCAGCAAGGGGAAAAACAGGACCCUUCCAGCUGCUCAGAUUUGUCCAAGAGGGACGGGGGCCUUCAGGCUGCCUCGAGAGGGAAAUCACAGAAUCCCAAAAUGGUAGGGGUUGGAAGGAACCCUUGGAGAUCAUCUAGUCCAACCUCCAUGCCAAAGCAGGUUCACCUGGAGCAGCUGGACAUCCUAAGGUCUUCUCCUGCAGCACCGCUGUACCCAUCCUUGGAUUUACCAUACUCAGAGGGAUGUCUGUUGGCUGUGGCUGAUGUUGCAUUGAACCUGAUGAGGGGAGGACACAGAGACAGCUAGAUACCCACGCUGCCUGCCUGGCCUCUCGGAGCUGCAGAGGUGGGACAGGAGCAUCCUGACGAGCCCCUUCCCUACACCUCUUCCUUCCCACUGGCCUCCUGCCAUCCCACAGGGGAACGUACGGUCCACGGGGCAGGUACGAAGAAAAAGCCAGGGAGCCCGGAGGAAGCCAGGGCCGGCGGAUCCCUGCCCCCAGCCUCCCCACCUGGCUCUGCCAUACAGAUCACCAGCAGAAGACAAAACCCUCUCUGAAGCUGACCUGCUCUUACUGCAGCCGUCUGUUUGCAGUUGUCAGCCACAGAAAUAUCAUCAAAACAACAUAUUUGCCAAUACUGAGUGUGCACCUGCACACAGAAGGCUCCCUCCGACCACAAUUUUAAGCAUUCAGAGUUUCUUUCCGUUUGCCCAGAGUUGGGUGCGUCGUUUUCACAAAGGCUCCUUCUACCUCCCCUGUUUGCUUUGGGCACUGUUUUCUCCGCUGGCCUUGUCUCGUUUGUUGGUGCAUCUCCAACUCGCUGGCCCAGAAGCUUUUUACACCCUUUGUUGUUUUUUUUUUUGGAAAGGUGGCCCUGAUCUUCUGAUGUACCACCGGAUUUACCUGAUGAUAGCCCUCAUUGCCUUGGAACAAUGCUUGGAGGCAGGAUGAAGGCAUUCAUCCUGUGCGAGCAGCAGAAUUAAGGGCAGAAACAAGAUCUUGUUCUUUGUGGCAGGUCUGGUGCAAAUAUACCCGAGGGCGGAUAACAUCAUGCGAUAGGGAAAAAUAGGGGAUUACUCUUGAAGUAAUAGAUUUCUCCCGGCAGUGGGUAUGUGCUGUAAAAUACAUGGAAACAUGUGGCAUGAAAAGCCAAAAACCGCCUCUAUAAAAGCGAGAGCUGGGCACAGAGGAAGGGGGAGAGGGCUGUAGCACAUGGGAAGUGACAAUUCAUCCUCAGCCUCCCCCGUCUUUUAGGAGCGGACCUUUGAUCCAGCUUUGCUGCAGUAGGAUGAAAUGCCAGAGGAGUUAUGCACGUAAGGCCAAUGCUGCCAGGAAGGGGAUGGGUUCGCACACGCCCAGUGCAAAGCAAGCCUGUCCAUGUCAUUUGAGGGCAGAGCGUAAAUCAGGUUUUGAUUGCUGAGUUCACCCUUUUAGAAAUGGAGAUGCGUUUAUAUUUUUCCAGUUUCUGCAUUGAAUUAUCUUUUUCCAAAGCCGGUCAUCGCCAGGCUAUUCCAGCAGCCUCCUCAGAGGUCAGUGCCCACGUAGGUACCAGGAGAGAGGACAAGGAGCAGACCUGGAGCGCUGCUACUGUGGGGAUACUUCACAGCCUCUGGAUGUUUGUAGCUCCCGGAUUUCCUGGCCAGAACCAGUGCCUCUGUGUUUAGCAGCUCUGGAGGAUUUAUCUUCUCCAGAUUAACCAAAAUUAUUUUUUCCCCCAUUGAAGCUUUUAGCACACUCCAGCUAAGUCCUGUGUAACAAAAAGCACAAACCUGCCCCUGGCUUAUUUCAGCUGAGGCCAGGGGCUUUCCUACUAAAAGGACUUUCCUCCUGGGUUUGUUGUUGGCCGUUCCAUCCCUCCUCUCUCAGCUCUCUUCCAGGAUGAAGAGUCCCCCUGUGUAGAGCAGAAACACCCCCAAUUCUUUUGACCCCUUUGUCACCCUCCUUCCCCACUCCCUGUGCCCUUCCUGCGAUGGAGGGGAGGAUGUCUGGUGCUGCACGCUGGACUUGGACGCCGUGUCCCAUGUCCCCACAGCCGAGCUGGCUGCACCCUCUGGCGGCAGCCCUGCAUCCACGCCCUGCUUUUCCUGGAAAAAAAAAUAAAUGCUAAUUCCUUCAUCCAUCUCCCACCCACGAGGCUGGGGGGAGUUCUCCUGGGGACCCUGCUGGGAAGGGGCUUGGGAACUGGCAGGCGUUCGCUGAAGGAGGAAUGGGGAGCAGAGGCAGCCUUCAAACCGGCAUGGGAAGGGGAGUGCGGGGGCAGCUCUGCCAGCUGACAACACUGCAGUGUGCACAGCAGCUAUAUUUAUCCACAUGGCCAGCAGCUAUAUUUAUCUGGAAUGCCACAGGAGCCUAAAGUCUUCGGGGUAAUUUCCGUGCUGCGGAAGAACGUGAUCUAGAUGUCAUUUUUACUGUAAACCUCCUUCUCUGCUCUUUGCUCCCCUUCUACAGGGGCCGUCACUACCUUCUCAGCCCUUCCAUGCUCCUCCUUAAAUCCCACCAUCUCCACCAUGGUGAAGCUGGGCUCAUCUUCCCUCCAUCCUUUUCGUACAGCCCUCUCUGGGCUCCUUUUCCCACUGCCACUUGGAACACAUACGUCUUCAUUUCUCUCUCCGAGGGAAGCAUUUCUCUUGAUGAAGGGAGUUGGCCAUCCUCUGGCUGCGUUGUUCACGCAGCCUGCGGUCUUGGCCAGUUUGUGUGUUUCCCGACGAGCCCCUUCAAGCCACAGAGCCAAGGGCUAUGAAACCUGAACUCUCCCAGCAAGGGCAGGAGCAGGGCACCCCUCUGCUGCUAGGCCCCAGCUGCCCCCCAAAAGGGGGCACUGAACCAACAUGUCAUCAGCCAACGUUCACAGCUGACAAAGGACAAGCCAAGGUGGGCAGGCAA